AUGUCAAGCAGCCGCCGCUACCUACUCCUCCAGAGGAGGAUGAUGUCGUCUUCACCAAAACUAUAUCCGGUUGGGAGGGAUCAUCCCCGGCCUGAGGACCGCAUCACCAUUCUCGGUGGUCCAUCAGCACUACUUGGUCGAGUCAAGUUCCUGAUCGAUGAUAUUGUAGACCUCGACGUUGCAGCCAAGCACGCCCGUCGAGCUGCUGCGUGGAAGAAGAGGAUGGCACCGCACCGAGCCAUCGAAACCUGCAAUGCGAUCAUAGGCGCCAUGUGCGACGCUGGGCGGUCAGGAGACGCCAUUGAUCUGUUCGAUUUCUUUUUCAACAAAUCAGAGAUGAAACCAAACAUCUCUUCCUGCAAUCUAAUCAUCAAAUCCCACUGCGAGCACGGCCGUCUCGACGACGCUCUCCGCCUCUACACUCACCUCUCCUCCUCGGAAAACACUACUCCUUCUCCCGACCACAAAACGUACGACCUCCUGACCAAGGCCCUGGUCGACGCCGGAACGAUAAACCAAGCUCUGGAUCUCUUGUUGGAAGGAAGAAGGGUCCUGUUCAAUUUCCAAGAGCCAGGCAUGUACAUGAACCUCGUCCGUGGCUUCUUGGAACAAGGGAAUCUCGACAUGGCGUAUCAGCUCCGGGACGACUUCACGACCUGUUCCAUACGCAACAAAAUCGCAGUCCUCGACUCCGUGUUUGUAGAGUAUUUGUUCAAGCAAGGCAAGGACGAGGAGGCUAUGGAGCUAUACAGAAGCUCAGUGAACAACAAGGAUGGCUUCACAGCAAAUGGUACUGUCGGUAAUCCCUAUCUCAAAUUAUUGCUCACGUACGGCCAAAAAAAACAAGCCUGGGCAUUGUUCCAGUAUAUGCUUGACAAUUACGUAUGCUGCUUUGGGUUUAACAAAGAUACUGUCAAUAUGAUGGUGAACGACGGUAAUCCCUAUCUGAAAUUAUUGCUCAAGUACCGCCAAAAAAAACAAGCGUGGGCAUUGUUCCAGUAUAUGCUUGACAAUUACGAAUGCUGCUUUGGGUUUAACAAAGAUACUGUCAAUAUGAUGGUGAACGAGUGUUUCGAUGUGGGACGGUUCGGCGAUGCGGUCAACGUUUUCAACAAGGCAAAGGCAACGCUCCAGUACGGGCUUCCUGUUGAAGCAUACAGGAACAUUAUUACAAGGUUGUGUCAAAACGGAAGGUUGUCCGAUGCUGAGACUAUGUUUAAUGGAUUAGUGAAAGAACAAGGAUACCAUAAACCAGAUGUUGAAACCUAUAAAGCAUUGAUUCGUGCAUAUGUUGAGUCUUCAAGGGUUGAGGAUGCGGUUCAAACCUCAAACAAGAUGAUGGCUUCUAAACUCCACAGGGCCACUCAGUUGUUUUUCUAG